AUGCGCUCCAUCUUCUAUCUCCUCCUCCUCACAUUCAGUGCUACUGUUCUGGCCAGCUCAUCCAUAUCCUACAACAAAUGGGUCAAGAAUCUUCCCUCAUGCAUGCAAUCUUGCUUCAACGACUUCUUUACGAAUUUUGCUCAAGAUAAAUGCGGCAAGGGUGCCAGCACCAGCAGCAAGCCAUCUGACAUAAACUGCAUCUGCCAAGCGGGCAGUUUUACGUCGAGUAAGGCGAAUGCGCCGUCCAUCGCCGACUGUGCAUCGGCGAAAUGCUCCGAUGCAGCGUCUCAGUUGCAACUCGUCUUGGGUUCCUAUACCCAGUUUUGUUUGAGUCAAGUCAAUUCGGAUGGAUCGGUGCCGAGUUUAGGGAGCACAGUGUCGGUGUCAGGCUUAGAUGUCAUUCUCGUGUCGGGCAGUAUUGCCCUUCUUCAAUGCGCCUUAUAG